AUGGCGUCCUUUUCCAGCUCCGUCAUCAACAAAUCGGGGAAAAAGUUCGCUCCCAAAAUACCCGCACGCCGUGCACCUGCUGCUUCAGUUACACCGGCUGCUCCGCCUCGAGAUGCGAACAGCCGGGCGUCGCAAACGCCCCAGCCAGCGGCCCCAGUGAAGGAAUCCACGCCAACACAGCCCCCUACAAAAUCACCCUCGUCACCCACCGUAAAGCCCCCAGAACCCCCGAAACCACGCUCCCCUAACCUCUCGCCUCAACUUCAAACGCGCCGCUCACCGGUCGCACCACGCGCUGUUCGAAUCCCUUUACCAUUACAGCGGCCACCAGUUCCAACAACAACUCGCAGCGAAGUUUCUGUUUCUCAAUCACAAGCACAAGGACCAGUAACAACAGAACCAAAUAAGGAACCGCCCCCAUUGAUAACUUUACCGACCCCAGGGCCGCAAGCUGGUCCCUCUUCACAAGUCCUCCGCCCUACCGCCAGCCCCGAACCGAGAACGACACAAACAGAACCGGAAUCAAACACCCGUCCGGCAAAGCGAAUUAGGGUUUCAGACCCUGAAACGCGCAUACCACUUCCGUCGCGGAGAGACAGCAGGGACCAGACUGCUAUUCCUACGCCCGCCGCAUCCACUAGGCAAUCGGUUGAUGUGACUUCACACGAUGAAACCUCCACCACGACGACCAAGAAGACUUCAAAGCGAGAAACGGUGAGGCCUAAGCGUAAAAGAAUAGCAGAAGAUGAGGCUGCCGUGGUCGCUGAGAAUGCAGUGCGCACAAGGAAACCUCGCAGUAGGAGAAAACGUGAACCCACGCCGGAAGAUGCAGAAUCGAUCGAAAUAAUGUCAGCGGUCGUCAAAAUGUCAGACCUUUGUAAAGACCUCCGCACAGGUAGGAAAUCAAGACGGGAAAUGGAAUUACGGAACAUGGAAGCGGCAGAACUUACCAAAAAGAAAACGGAGAGAGGUGAGAAGAGUGCAAGUCAGCAACCGCAACAGGAUCCUCGAGAGAAGACGCCAGGAUCCGGCAAAGGACGGGGAGUAGAUGAGGAGCUGCAAGCAAGUGGGCCCCAGAUGCGCCUCGUGAAUGGAGAAAUCGUCCUAGACACAGCUUCGUUACAAAUCGACCGUCAUGCCGACGCAGCAAGAAACGCGGAAGAUAUGGAAGAGGUCGAAGAGAACCCGUUAACGCGGCGUAUCAAUCAAGCGUCGUUUGGGAAAAAAACGAAACACGAAGCUUGGGACGAAGAAAUGACAGAUCUAUUCUACAGAGGGCUCCGGAUGUUUGGAACGGAUUUUAUGAUGAUCAGUAAGAUGUUCCCUGGCCGCACGCGGAGACAUAUCAAAUUGAAAUUCUGCAAUGAAGAGAGGAAGGCCCCUGAGAGGAUCAAAGAAACAUUGCUUGGGCCCCGCGAGGUUGUGGAUUUGGACGAUUAUUCUGAAAUGACGAAUACGGUGUACGAUGACCCUAAAGGGAUGGGAAUGUAA